GAGGAGUUGAAAGCAUUCAGUCCAGCAGCAUGGCAUGUUGAUGUGGAGCACCAAACAAGGGCCAUGAUUGAACAUAUUCAUCAAGCCAUGGGAGCAACACCACAACAACUUGCACCAAAAGCCAAGAAGCCAUAUGUCACGGCAGAUGUAUGGGAACUGCGCAUCCAGAAAUUGCGAUGUCGCCAUCAGCUCAAACAUCUCCGACGUCAGCUGGCCAAAGAGUCGAUGUUUGCUUGUUUCAUCAACUGGAAGCUGAGACAAGAGAGUCGAACUAUGCGGUCGCCAACUUUAGCUAUGGCACCACGUUACGAUGCCUACAGGUGA